AUGACUACAGUAGUGGUACAUGUGGACUCCAAAGAUGAGCUCACUGCCCUGCUGGAACAGUGGAAAGAGGACCAUGGAAACGGGCAGGCUAUGGUAGCCAUCCUUAGCAGAAUGUCAGAAUUAAUUGAAAAAGAAACUGAAGAAUAUCAUAAAGGAGAUCCAGACCCAUUUGAUGAUCGACAUCCUGUGCGAGUUGCUCCUGACUGUAUGCUGGGUCACUUGCUGAGACUACUCUCCACGAAUGCUGAUUUCAUGAACACACUGAUGAAUGGGUAUUUGUUGACAAGCAGAGAGGCCCCUUUAAAUACUGCAGCCUGCAGAUUGCUACUGGACAUCAUGCCAUGUCUAGAAGCUGCAGUGUUCUUUGAAGAAAAGGAAGGGAUUGUUGAAAAUCUUUUGAAAUGGGCCCAAGAGGCUGAUCAGCCACUGAGGACAUAUUCUACAGCACUAUUAGGAGGUGCUAUGGAAAAUCAACAGAUUGUUUCAAGGUACAGAGAUGAAAAUACAAGGCUGGUGGCAGUAGUGCUUGGCAAACUGAGAGAGCUACAUGUUCAGGAAGUGUCUUUGGGGCAGGAAAGUAUGUGUCUUAGGCCCCAGAAGACUUCAUCAGAGCCACGUUUGCUUUUAGAUGAGGAAGCUGUGGAUAUGGACUAUGGUGACAUGGCAGUAGAUGUUGUGGAUGGAGAGCAAGAAAUUUCUAGAGAUAUGGACAUCUCUUUUCAUCUGGAAUUAAGUCGGAAGACCAGUAAUGGAGUAUACUCAGCAAUUGAGCCUGAGGAAGCCUCAGGAUUCAAGAAGUCUGCAAAGCAUGGUGAAAGAGAGAACGACAGGACAGCCAAGCAGAAAUUGGGUGUGUCAUCUUCUGAGCCAGAUGGUGUGUUUGCUGAGGUGUCUAAUAACAGCUGGUCAGAAGUAUCCCCCUGGGUGAUUGGCACCAACUAUACCCUCUAUCCAAUGACUCCUGCUAUUGAGCAGAGACUUCUUCUCCUGUACCUGACCCCUUUGGGAGAGUAUCAAGAAUUACUUCCCCUGUUCAUGCAACUUGAAUCACAGGAAGUGAUGAUGUUUUAUAUUGAUCUGAAACAGACUAAUGAUGUCCUGCUUACUUUCGAGGCACUCAAGCAACUAGCAUCUCUCCUCAUCCAUAACAAAUUUGCCACAGACUUUGUUACACAUGGUGGGGUACAGAAAUUACUAGAAAUUCCUCGUCCUUCUAUGGCUGCAACUGCUGUAUCUAUAUGCUUGUAUUACCUGUCCAACAUCCAGGAUGCUAUGGAAAGACUUUGCAUGCAUCCCCACCAAGUUCUCUCUGAUGUGGUGAACUAUGCCCUAUGGUUAAUGGAAUGUUCUCAUGCUUCAGGAUGCCGCCAUGCAACAUUGUUUUUCUCAGGUUGCUUCUCAUUCCCAGCUGUCUUGGAGCUCUUUGACCAUUAUGAUGGUCUUCGUCGCCUAGUGAACUUGAUCAGUACUUUGGAGAUUCUACAUUCGGAAGACCCGGGUGGACAUGUGAGCAACUAUAAAAUCUUUGCUACCUGCCAAAGAGGCAAAGAUACCUGCAUGGCUCUGCGAAAGUACUUUGAGGCUCACUUGGCCAUUAAACUGGAACAAGUCAAGCAGUCCCUUCAGAGCCCUGAGGGAGCUAUUCCUGUGCACUCUUCUCCUCCAUACAAGGCAUGCUCAUACAGUGGUGAGCAGAUUGAGGAAAUGAUGGAGUUUUUGAUAGAAUAUGGCCCAGCUCAGCUGUAUUGGGAACCUGCUGAAGUCUUCCUCAAGCUUUCCUGCGUGCAGCUCUUGUUGCAGCUGAUUUCCAUCGCCUGCAAGUGGAAGACCUAUUAUGCAAGGACUGACACUGUGCGCUUUGCUUUGGAUGUCCUGGCCAUCCUCACUGUGGUGCCAAAAAUCCAGCUGCAAUUGGCAGAGUCGGUGAAGGUCUUGGAUGAGCAUGGCUCUACUGUAUCCACUGUAGGAAUCAGCAUCAUUUUGGCAGUUGCUGAAGGUGAGUACUUCCUCCAAGAUGCUGAAAUUCAGAAGUCAGCCCUUCGAGUUAUCAUCAAUUGUGUAUGUGGCCCAGAUAACCGAAUAUCCAGUUUUGGUAAAUUUACUUCUGGAACUGCUUUGAGAAAGCUGUCUCAGAUCCCCAAGAGCAGUGAGCAUCCCCUGGCCAAGAUGUGGAAUGUGGUCCAGUCCAAUGAUGGCAUCAAGGUGCUUCUGUCCCUAUUGUCCAUCAAGAUGCCCAUCACAGAUGUAGACCAGAUCCGAGCCAUGGCCUGCAAAGCCCUAGUGGGCUUGUCUAGAAGUAGCACUGUUGCACAGAUUAUCAGCAAAUUGCCCCUUUUUAGUAGCUGGCAGAUUCAACAGCUGAUGAAGGAGCCAGUGCGGCAGGAUAAGCGUAGCUACCAUGUCAAAUUCUGCAACUAUGCAGUUGAGCUCAUUGAGCGAAUACUAGGAAAGCCUCUUCUGCUUGGCACCGAUGUGUCACUGGCAGGGCUACAGAAAGCAGGCGUUGUUGCCCAGUCAAGGAUCUGCUUCCCUGAGAAAGAACUACUACUGUUGAUAAGAAACCAUCUCAUUUCUAAAGGGCUAGGAGAGUCAGCCACUGUGCUGACCAGAGAGGCCGACUUGCCCAUGACUGCUGCCACACACUCUUCUGCCUUCACCCCAGUGACUGCUGCUGCUCCUACUGUCUCUCUUCCUGAGACCCCUCGGAUUGCCAAUGGCAUUGCAAAUCUACUGGGCAGCCACGCUGCUAUGGAUGCUUCUACCCCUUCUGUCCCCCAUGACUUCCCUUCCAAUACUCUGCCAUGCCCAACCCCAGGAUCACUGGCUUUGCCUGGCCCAUCAUAUGCAGACAACUCUCCUUUGAUUGGCAGGACCAGUUUUAUCAGAGAGAGGCCAUCACUUUGCAAUGGCCGGAAUAUCCAAGUGUUGCAGCAGAAGUCGGACCUCUGCACAUACAGCCAGAGCCAUGCUGUUAAAACACAACUGGACAGACAUCUUCCUUCCCUACCAACACUGGACAGUAUUAUCACAGAGCAUCUUAGAGAGCAACAUGCUCGCUGCAAGAACCCCAUUGCCACCUGUCCACCUUUUUCUCUCUUUACUCCUCACCAGUGCCCUGAGCCAAAACAGAGAAGGCAAGCCCCAAUGAACUUUACCUCAAGGCUAAACCACAGGGCAUGGUUUCCAAAAUAUGUAGGUGUAGAUGGCGGAGGCUUUGAUAGGCAUCUUAUCUUUAGGCGAUUUCAUCCUAUUUCAGUGUUCCCGGAAGCUCAUGAAGAUGAGAGUGGCUUGACAUGUUGUGCAUUCUCAGCCCUGGAGCGGUUCCUGAUGCUUGGGAACUGUACAGGGCAGCUGAAGCUCUACAAUGUAUUUAGUGGACAGGAAGAGGCCAGCUAUAACUGUCACAACUCAGCCAUCACACACCUUGAACCUUCCAGGGAUGGGUCCUUACUUCUGACAUCUGCCACUUGGGGCCAGCCUUUGUCUGCACUUUGGGGGAUGAGGUCAGUAUUUGAUAUGAAGCAUUCCUUCACAGAAGAUCAUUAUGUUGAGUUCAGUAAGUACUCUCAGGAUCAGGUCAUAGGCACAAAAGGAGACAUGGCCCAUGUUUAUGAUAUUGAGACUGGCACCAAGAUGUUGACUCUGUUUAACCCAGAUCUUGCCAGCCACUACAAGAGGAACUGUGCCACCUUUGAUCCUACAGACGAUCUUGUCUUAAAUGAUGGGGUCCUGUGGGAUGUCCGCUCUGCACAGGCCAUCCACAAGUUUGACAAGUUCAACAGGAAUAUCAGUGGUGUUUUCCAUCCCAAUGGGCUGGAGGCCAUCAUCAAUACAGAAAUUUGGGACCUUCGAACUUUCCAUCUUUUACACACAGUUCCUGCUCUGGAUCAAUGUCGUGUGGUGUUUAACUACACAGGGACAGUGAUGUAUGGAGCAAUGUUGCAGGCAGAUGAUGAAGAUGACUUCUUGGAAGAGAGGAUGAAAAGCCCCUUUGGGUCAUCCUUCCGAACAUUUAAUGCAACUGAUUACAAACCUAUAGCAACCAUUGAUGUGAAACAGAACAUCUUUGACCUGUGUACAGACACCAAAGACUGCUAUCUUGCUGUCAUUGAGAAUCAAGGCAGUAUGGAUGCCCCUAACAUGGACACAGUAUGCAGGCUUUAUGAAGUGGGCAGGCAGCGUCUGGCAGAGGAAGAAGAUGAAGAGAAGGACUCGGAAGAGGAAGAACAGGAGGAAGAGAGUGAUGAUGAUGGCACGGAUGAUGUAGAUGACUUUGACACUGACCAGUGGCCAGAGUCAGAGAUGGAGGAGGCUGACAACAGUGAGAACACGGGACACGAUGGGAACAAUGACUUCUCUCCCUCUGAUGAGGAGCUAGCAAGCCUAGAGGAGGGAGAGGAGGGGGAAGCAGAAGACUCUGAAGCAGAGGAGGAAGAGGUAGUGAUUCUGGUAGAGGACAGCUCAGACAACUCUGAUUGGGAAGAUGACAUCAUCUUAUCUCUGAAUGAGUGA